AUGAACGGACUUUGUCUUACUAUUGCCAAUUCACAAGGUACCAUGCAGCUCAUCAAGAUUGCCGCCUUCACGGCCCUGCUGGGCUCUGCCUUUGCCAGCCCUGUCCCGAAUGGCCGACCUUCAGCUCAAGGUGUCCAAGAAGAGGCACGUCUGUUCAGGCGUGAUGCUGAGAGACCCCACUCUGCGGGUGUGCAAGAAGAAGCUCGUCUGUUCAAGAACGACGUUCGGCCCUCGGCAGAGGGCGUCCAUGAGGAGGCCCGUCUCUUUAGGCGAGACAGACCUUCGGCUCAGGGCGCCAAGGGAGAAGCACGCCUGUUCAAGAACUCUGUGCGUCCGUCGCCUGAAGGUGUCAAGGAAGAGGGGCGUCUCUUCUAG